CAAACAUGUAACCCGCUUCAAUUAGUGUCGAUUUUCAGUGAAUAAAUGUACUCGGCCAUUUGAUAUAAAAGAAUGAUCAAGUAAUCAACAAUGGAGCACGAGGAAGACCGUUACUGGUUUUAUGCAAGAUUGAUCAAUUGAUUAAGUGAUUGUAUUUCGAUUGCCUGGUACCCGAAUUCACCAAAGCUGAGUAAACCGCAAAUCGCAGCAGCAACAACACUUUGAAUGAAGGGAUUUUCAUGUGUUUGAUGCUGGCUCUCACAGAUGGAACAAAACUCUCGGUAGAACAAUUUUUUGAAUAAUAAUGUGCUUCCUAUAAAUAUUUUACAAAUAAAACAAUUUAAAGGAUUAUUAUGGAUGUUUAAUUGCGAACUAAGAUAUGAAGGAAACAAGAAAUUCGAUAGCAAUAAACGACCGUUGAUUUCUGGAGUUCGUAUUGGGAGCCUCUGCCACGUUUCAAAACUGUGGUUCAUACCUUUCAGCAACUUGUAUCUUGCAACAUUUAUCAGAAUCUAAGCGUUGUAUAAAUGGCUAACAUAAUAAGAUGGAGAAGAAAGCCUAUGUUGCUGGUCAUGGUUGCUGCAACAGUGCUGGUCGUCGGAUUCUUCAAGGUUCUAAGGACUUACAAUAGCACAGAAUCAAUUAUUGAUAGAAGAACAGAUAGUACAUAUUCUAAAGUCUUUCUCGAGGAAGAAAACAAUAAAAAGACUACUGGUGAACUUCAGUUUUGGCCAGAGUUGAAUGGCCCCUUUAAUCCAAGUGAUCCAGGAGAAGGAGGGGUGGCUGUAGCAACAAAACCAGAAGAAGAAAUGCUGAAAAACAAAGCAUAUGCAGAAUAUGGAUUUAAUCAAUUUAUAAGUGAUAAAAUAUCACUUCAUAGAUCUCUACCAGAUCCUAGGCACUUCUUGUGUAAAGAGAAUAAUUAUCCAAAAGUAAUGCCCACGGCUAGUGUCAUUAUUAUUUUCCACAAUGAAGGAUGGUCUACACUAUUUAGAACAGUUCAUAGUGUUCUAGACAGAUCUCCACCAGAACUUCUUCAUGAGAUAGUGUUGUGUGAUGAUUAUAGCAACAAAGAUCAUUUAAGAGAUAAAUUAGAAAAAUAUGUGGCAACACUGGAUAAAGUGAAGCUUGUUAGAACAAAGCAAAGGGAAGGGCUUAUAAGAGCAAGAGCAUAUGGUGCAGAUCAUUCAACUGGGGAUGUGGUAAUCUUUUUGGAUUCUCAUUGUGAGACAAAUGUAGGAUGGCUGCCACCACUGCUUGCCAGGAUACAGGACAACUACAGAAAUGUUGUCUGUCCAACGAUUGACGUCAUAGAUCACUUGACGUUUUCCUAUAGAGGGGUGGACCCUCUAAUUAGAGGUACAUUUAACUGGAGGUUUGAUUAUAAGGAAAGAGCUAUAACUGACGAGCAGAGAAAGGAAAGGAAAGAUGACACACAGCCAGUGAAAUCACCUGUUAUGGCUGGAGGCCUUUUUGCAAUAAGUCGCAAAUUUUUCGACGAGUUAGGGAAGUACGAUCCAGGCAUGUAUGUUUGGGGUGGAGAACAGUAUGAGCUUUCAUUUAAACUAUGGAUGUGCGGUGGUCAGAUGGAGAAUAUCCCUUGUUCGCGUGUAGGCCACGUGUAUCGUAGAAAUGUACCAUACACAUACGAUAAACCAAAUGCAGUACUCGUGAACUUUAGACGCGUUGCAGAGGUCUGGAUGGAUGAUUUUAAGGAGUUUUUAUUUCAACGAAGGCCUGAAAUACGCGAUGCUGAUCCGGGAGACAUCAGCGAGCGAAAGAAAAUCCGCCAAAGGCUGCAAUGCAAGAGCUUUGGGUGGUAUCUGGCAAACGUUAUAAAAGAUACCGUAAGAACAAAAUACGAACCUGAUCGAGGCUAUGGUGAGAUUCGUAAUAUCGAAACCGGAGGCUGCUUGGAUACUUUAGCUCGAAGAGAUGGUGCAACAAUCGCUUUGUAUCAGUGUCAUGGUCAAGGAGGAAAUCAGUUUUUCCAUUGGACUGCCAUUUACGAGUUUCGUCAGAAUGAAGAAGACUGUUUAGAUGCUCGCUACGCUGAUCUUAAUAACGUCUAUAUCGAAAAAUGCCACGAGAUGGGAGGCAAUCAGAAAUGGGAAUACAGAGAGGACAAGCAUAUUUUCCAUCAUGGCACAGGACUGUGUCUUGAAGGCGGAGUAAAUGGUAAUGCAUAUAGCCUUUUUAUGAAGCAAUGUGAUGCUAGCAAUACAAAACAGAAGUGGAAGAUACACACUGAGUCCUCGCACACCACACCUGCGUGGGCACGUAUAGCCAAGGACCUUGAUAAGUUCAAAGAGACAUAGAAUUUUAUCGUCGCUAUUAACACAAAUAGAUGUGAUGAAUCGCAUUUUCUAAACAUUUAUUCGAACAGAUCUUAUAGAGUAACGCAAUAUCCAUUGAAAGCAAAAAUUUUGACUCUCUGUUCCAAGAAAUCAAUUUUUGAAUUGUUUUGUUAUUGUCAUCGUCGAAUAUUCAAAUCUGUUUUCAAUAAGGACCAUUUUCAUCCCAUUUACUGUAAAACCAGAACUUUUUGACGCAUUUCUGGAAUCUUGACAUGCCUUAAGUUCUUCAAGAAAUAAAUUGGUUUAAGAGGCUUACCAGUAAAAAGCACUCUUUUAUAUUUUUAACCUAUCCUCUCCACAUAGUUUCGAAAUUCCAUUUAGAUAUUCUUGGUUUUGAUAUCGAAAGUCGUUUAGAUCACUAUAAUAUGUAGAUAACUCUAUUAUCUUUUAGGUCUAAUAAAUUUUUAACUAAGCGCAUAAAUUUUAUACCCUUCACUUUGUAUUUACCGUCACGGUGGGUGAAGGAAUAUUAGCCUGAUACACUGAAACUGAAAUAUCUGCAUCCAACAAUUGUUAUGGUACAUCGUAAUAUUUUGUUCAGCUUAUUCAUACCUUAGAAUUGUAUUAAAACUUAGUUAUGGAAAAAUUUUAUUCCAAAUUUCUUGUAAUUUAAUGUUUUAUAAUUCCUGGUUAUUUCACAGAAUCUUUUCGUCUUUUGCAAGUGGUCUCAGGUUAAAUAGGGAAGUCAAAUGUGAGGUUGAAUAAAAAAUGGAAAGAUAGUUCUUAAAGGGGUCGUAGUAAAAGACUAUAGUGUUAACGAGGUUUGUCUAUCUUCUCAAUGCCCCCAAAAGGAUAGUAAUUUGGCAGCCUUUGCUGUCUAGGUUAUGUCACUAAGUUGAAUCUUCGAGCAAAAUAGCUGCGAGCAAGUACGAUGCCUGCCAAAUGUUCUUGGAACACGUUGCAUUUUAUAUCUUUGAUUACUUUUCCGAAAAAAUUACUUCUUUGGCCCCCUCCCCCCUAGAGCAAUGUUGUUGGUUUAGACAAAUAUCACAAAAGAAUCGCAAACGAAGAUACUUCCUAAUUCCCUCACCCGUUUCAUAGUAAACCAACAUUGUACAGUGGAGAAGAGGGGGUUGGCUGAGUUUGACCUUGCAAACUGACGCAAGAAUUGCAAGACUUCUGUUAUUCUAUAGGAAAUGUUUUUCAAGUGGCCGCUUGCUCUUACCAACAUCACUGUUUAAAUGUCAUAAAAACAUGAGAAUUGUUAAAUAGAAAUAUGCAUUUAGCUUUUGAAGCUCAACUGAUUAUUCUCAAGUUUCUUUUCGUGCAUUUUUGAUUCACCUGCUAACUACAAAUCCAUAUUUAAGUCGUCGCUUGUGUCUUUACUG